AUGAAAAACUUACACGUCUCGUCUUUAUUCUUCUCUCUAUUCAUUACUUGGGCACUCGCUCAACUGCAAACCUUUACACCUCCUGGACAAAAUGAUAUAACAUACGCUGUGAACAUCCCACAAGAAACUGCCAACUCCGGCGAGGGUCCUGUCUACUUGCAACUGAAAUCCACGAGUCCACUCCAGUGGUUUGCAUGGGGCCAAGGAUCUCAAAUGCAAGGAGCAAACAUAUUCGUUGUUUAUGCAUCGGCCGACGGCAGCAAUAUCACCGUCUCCCCCCGCUUGGGCCUGGUGGAGCAUGUCGAACCACUAUAUAACUCGCAAGCUCGUCUCUCGGUUUUGGAAGGCAGCGGGAUCAAUAAUGGAACAAUCACUGCAAAUAUUCGCUGCGAUAGUUGCAUUACAUGGUCUGUUGGGCACGCAGAUCCAACAAGCUCGUCCAGUUCUUGGGUAUGGGCUUUCAAAAAUGGAAACCCGCUUGAAACCGACAGCUUAUCAGAAUCAAUCAUCAUCCACGACGCUUCGGGCGUUGCAUCUCUGAAUCUGCAGAAGGCAGCCGGCGGUACAUCUGGAAACCCUUUCUUGGCCUCUUCUAGUACGACGGCUAGCUCGGGACAGUCCAUCUCAUCUGACAAUUCUCCUUCUUUGCAUAAGAAGAGAAUCGCUCAUGCGGUGAUCAUGAUUACCGUCUUUGUUGUUCUUUUCCCUUCCUUUGCACUGGCACUACGAAUUCUGCCGUCUUCUGUGGCAGUGCGCGUCCAUGCCUUCUUGCAACUUUUUACCCUUGCCCUCGCAAUCGCUGGCCUUGGGCUUGGUAUCUCCAUGGCCAGGGACCUCCAGUUAAUACAAACUUACCACCCGAUCAUUGGAAUGAUAGUUGUCCCAUCACUUAUUCUUUUCCAACCUGCCAUGGGCUUCCUUCAGCACCGCUAUUUUGGUAUCUCAGGAAAGAAGGGAUUGUUUGGAUAUCUACAUCAAUGGUUUGGCCGUUCUAUGAUAAUUCUUGGUAUUAUCAAUGGUGGACUUGGUUUCCGUCUCACUGGGAUCGGCAGCUCAAUUGCUCCUACUGGGGCAGUCAUUGCCUAUAGUGUGGUUGCCGGGGUUGUUGGAAUUGGCUACUGUUUUACGGUGGUUUUUCUUUCCCGCACCAGAAAGUUGCAAAGCGCACCAUCUUGA